AUGUUCCAACUACCCGAAUCGCCUGAUCUCAAGAAAAAAUGGGCCAUCUUGCUCUACAGUGCAGCAGAAUACGCGCAUGAUUCUUAUCAGGACAGUACAGCAAACGCAAGAAUAAUGGCAUCGAAGUCAAGGAAAGUGCUGCUGGGACUUAACAGCUCAAUGCGAAGCUCUACAGACAUUCAAGAUAAAUUAUUCAGAAAGACUAAGCUGCUGUCAAGUAUAUAUAUUACCAACUACCAAUUUGAUGAGAGCGAAGAACUCCACACAUAUCUUAUUGACACUCUGGAGAGAGUUCUUGGCAAGAACCAUCCUGAUACCCUGGAUAAUAUGAGUUCAUUGGCAACCGUUCUGAGGGGCCAGGGUCGAAUAGAUGAGGUCGAGAGGGUUGAGACACGACUUGUGAGAAGGAGAGAAAGAAUCGGGGGUAAAAGUCAUCCUGAGACGUUGCUCAAUUCAGUCCGCCUAGCGAUGAUCUUAGACGCUCAGAAACGAUUCAAGGGGGCCGAGAAGCGCGGGAUGAAACUUUUGAGGACCAUGAGGAGCAUUUCAAGCGAUCGCGAUGUAAAUAUCAUACAUCCCAUGCACCUCCUCGCAGAAAUGUUGAGAAGUAAUGAUCGAUUAGAUGAGACUGAGGAGCUUUAUAUGCGAGUUCUGAAGGCCUGUAAGAGGCUUCAAUUCGAAAAUCAUCCCCAUACCCUAUUCAUCAUGCAACGACUGGCAGGCAUUUUCGUGCAGCAGGGCCGAUUAGAUGAGGCCGAGGAGCUCCAGACCCGAGUUGUGGAGACCAGCAAGAGAGUUCUAUGUGAGGGUCAUCUAGAGAUCAUAGAGGCUAUGCAAAUCCUGGCAAGGGUCUUCAGGAAACAGGGCAGGUCAGAUGAGGCCAGGGCACUUAAGAAGGAGGCUAGGGACUUUAAGGUGCGCAAGUUGCAGACCUGA